AUCAAGAACACAAAGCUUGAUAAGGGGAUCUGCUACAAUUAUUCAGAAACAGAGUCACAAACCUCUUUCGUUCUUUCUCUCUCCGAUUCUCUUUUCAUUCGGCGAACUCUGUUCGGAUCAGAGAAACCAACAGAAGGGAAUCUCCGACAGCCGCCGUCACCGUCACCGUCACCGUCACCGUCGUAAUCAUGGUCGAAACCAGACGCAGCUCUUCCGUCUCGUCUUCUUCCUCCAAGCGCUCUCUUCCUUCGCCUUCUUCUCCCAACGCUAAACGAUCAAAGGUGACCCAGGACGCCGCAUCAGCUGUUCUUCCCUCUGAGGAGAUUCUCGAUGCUGCCAACGAAUCUGGAGAUGGAUCUGGUGACUCGGACCUACGUUCCUCUGAUCUGCAAGAUACGAGUUCGUUGAAGGAGGUUGUGAACGUUUGCGAUGCAGACAAGUCUCCUUCUCCGCCCGUUGAAGAGGUGGUCAUGGCCUUGCCGGAGUCUUUGGACGCCAAAGAAGCCGACAAGACCGAGGUGGCUGGCGCCGCCGCCGCCGCCGCCGUAGAUGAGCUUCCUCGUUCAAAGAAACGCUCCGCUAAUUCUGCCAUGGCAGGACCGAAGGUCACUUGGGGGAUGCUUAUCUCUCAGUGCUCAGAGAAUCCUCAUCUCACCUUGUGUGAACCUCUGUUCACUGUGGGUCAAGGCCGUCAGUGCCAUUUGUGGCUUAAAGAUCCAGCUGUUAGUAAUGUUUUGUGCAAGUUGAGCCACAUUGAGCAUGGAGGUUCAUCUUUUGCAUUACUAGAAAUCACAGGGAGUAAAGGUACUGUUCAAGUUAAUGGCAAGAUGUAUCGAAAGAAUGCCCGAGUGGUUUUGAGCGGAGGUGAUGAGGUGGUCUUCAACAUUUAUGGCAAGCAUGCUUAUGUAAUAUAUAUAUGUCAGCAGCUCACCAAUAUUAAUGCUACUACUGGUGUGCCUUCUCUAAGUAUUUUAGAAGCCCAAAGUGAUCUAAUAAGAGGAAUGCAGAUUGAAGCUAGAUCUAGUGACCCUUCAACUGUUGAUGGAGCAUCGAUGUUGGCCUCUUUGUCUAAUGUUCACAAAGAUAUAUCACUCAUCACACCUUCUGGUAAAACUUGCAAUAAUGUCCAACAAACUGCUGGGGUUUCAUCACUAUCUCCUGGCAAUGAGGAUGGCAUUCCAGAUAAUACAGUGAAGGAUGGUACCAGCAUUAAUGAACCAGCAGGAGUUUUUUCCGCUGAGAAAACUGUUCCUGCAUCCUCUACAACUGUUGAGAAAAAUUCUAAUGUUGAUAGCAUGGCAAGUUCUACUCUGAAUGCAGAUGUUGGGAAGACAAGUGGGGGUAGUGAUCAAUUACGACCAUUGCUGCGGAUGUUUGCUGGCCCUUGUCCUGAAUUAGAUAAUAUUUACAAGAUAUCUGAAGAGAAAAGUGAGUUAAGAGAACUACUUCUUAAGUAUAUUGAUUCCCCGACAGUAUUGGCAUCUUCUAAGCAGCAAGCACUUAAGGACAGUUUGAAACAAGGAAUUCUUAGUCAUGAAGAUAUUGAUGUGUCUUUUGAAACUUUCCCAUAUUAUCUAAGUGAUACGACAAAGAAUGUUUUGAUUGCUUCUACUUAUAUGCAUCUGAAAAGCAAAGGCUUUGGAAAAUAUGCUUCAAACCUCUCUUCAGUGUCCCCACGGAUAUUAUUAUCUGGUCCAGCAGGCUCUGAAAUAUACCAGGAAACUUUGUCCAAGGCACUUGCUAAGCAUUUUUCUGCCAGCAUACUAAUUGUGGAUUCUCUUUUGCUAUCUAGUGGCACAUCAUUAACAGAAGUGCACAAUGCUAAAGAAAGUGCAAAGCCUGAAAGAACACCUGCAGUUGCUAAGAGAAGUACUCAGGUUUCCACAUCACAGCACAAGAAAUCAGUCUCUAAACUAGUCUCUAGUGUUGAUGGUCAAAUUAUUGGUGGAUCCACAUUCUGUUCUCCAGGGUGGGUGAAGCUAGAGACUAAUGUCAGCUCAUCAAAAGCUACUAUUCUUAAAAAUGGUGAUCGAGUAAAAUUUAUUGGUCACAUUCAUUCACCCUCAUCGCCACAAACUAGAGGGCCAAGCCAUGGCUCCCGUGGCAGAAUUCUCCUCGCAUUUGAAGAUAAUGGGUCUUCAAAAAUUGGGGUUAGGUUCGAUAGAUCAAUUCCAGAUGGCAAUGAUCUUGGAGGCCUUUGUGAAGGCGAUCGCGGAUACUUUUGUUCCGCUAAUCAGUUACUGCGGGAUGGUUCUGGAGGAGAUGACUUUGACAAGAUCGCAGUUAAUGAUGUUUUUGAGGUUGUCUCCAAUCAGAGUAAAAGUGCUGCACUAGUUGUUUUCAUUAAAGAUGUUGAGAAGGCGAUCAUUGGUAAUUCAGACAUUUUGAAGAGUAAACUUGAAAGCUUACCACAAAAUGUUGUUGUAAUUGGCUCACAUACUCAGCUCGAUAGUCGAAAGGACAAGACCACACAUGCUGGCAUUCUGUUAACAAAGCUUGGGGGCAAUCCAGCAGCAUUACUUGAUCUUUCUUUCCCGGAUAAGUUCACUAGAUUGCUUGAUAGGAGCAAAGAAAGUCCCAAAGCAGUAAAGCAACUUACUCGCCUUUUUCCGAAUAGGGUGCCAAUACAACUUCCUGAGGAUGAGCUUUUGCUUUCUGAUUGGAAGCAGCAGUUGGAACGAGAUAUUGAGACUAUGAAGGCUCAAUCCAAUACUGUCAGCAUUCGAACAGUUCUCAACCGAAUUGGACUGGAAUGUCCUGAACUUGAGACACUCUGCAUCAAAGAUCAAGCUCUAACAGCAGAAAGUGUGGAAAAAAUCAUUGGCUGGGCUAUAAGUCACCAUUUUAUGCAUUCGGCUGAGGGUUCUGUCAAAGACUCUAAGCUUGUGAUAUCUGCAGAAAGCCUUAAGUAUGGGCUGAACAUUCUACAGGGCAUUGAAGGCGAAAACAAGAAUUCAAAGAAAUCGCUGAAGGAUGUGGUUACUGAGAAUGAAUUUGAGAAAAAACUGCUUGCUGAUGUGAUUCCUCCAAGUGAUAUUGGGGUCACUUUUGAUGAUAUUGGGGCUUUAGAAAAUGUGAAGGACACCUUGAAGGAGUUGGUCAUGCUUCCUCUACAGAGACCUGAACUCUUUAGCAAAGGACAGUUGGCUAAGCCCUGCAAGGGAAUACUGCUCUUUGGGCCCCCUGGUACUGGAAAGACAAUGCUUGCGAAGGCUGUAGCAACCGAGGCUGGAGCCAACUUUAUUAACAUUUCAAUGUCUAGCAUUACUUCAAAGUGGUUUGGGGAAGGAGAAAAAUAUGUCAAAGCUGUCUUUUCUCUAGCCAGCAAGAUUGCCCCAAGUGUUAUUUUUGUCGAUGAGGUCGACAGUAUGUUAGGAAGACGUGAAACUCCUGGCGAACAUGAGACUAUGCGUAAAAUGAAGAAUGAGUUCAUGAUGAAUUGGGAUGGCCUGCGAACAAAAGAUAAAGAGCGUGUACUUGUUCUCGCUGCUACAAAUAGGCCCUUUGAUCUUGAUGAGGCUGUUAUUAGGAGGCUUCCAAGAAGAUUUAUGGUUAAUUUGCCAGAUGCUCCAAACAGGGAAAAAAUUCUGAGAGUCAUCUUAGCAAAAGAAGAUUUGGCACCGGAUGUUCAUUUGGAAGAAAUAGCAAAUAUGACUGAUGGAUAUUCGGGGAGUGACCUAAAGAAUCUGUGUGUAACAGCAGCUUAUUGCCCAAUAAGAGAGAUCUUGGAAAAGGAAAAAGAAGAGAGAAGUGUAGCAUUGGCCGAGAACAGACCCUUACCUGGAUUAUGUAGCAGUGCUGAUGUCCGUUCCUUAAAGAUGGAUGAUUUGAGAUAUGCACAAGAGCAGGUGUGUGCGAGCUUCUCGUCAGAUUCGUUGAAUAUGAACGAGCUACUUCAAUGGAACGACCUUUAUGGAGAAGGUGGAUCAAGGAGAACGAGAUCUUUGAGCUAUUUCAUGUAAAGGCAGAGAAAGAAAGAAAAUCUGCUUCUUCUCCUUAAGUGUAUAGCAUUUCUUGGUUAGACAUUAUUACUCUUCUAUCACCCAAGUGGUGCCAACAAGAUCAGCCACCACUGGGCACCUUUGUAUCAUAGGCUCAUAGGUUUUCCCUUCUUUUAUUUUACUCUCACCAAAUUUUUCAUAAAAAUGGUAGUAGAUUUGUUAAAUAUUCUCCGGCAAUUAAGAAAAAGAAGCAUAAUUUUUUAGGGUCCUUAUAA